AUGAAGAGAUGUUCAUCUGUGGUGUGGAGGUUUUUUGAGCGUAUUAUUGAAAAUAAGAGAUGCGUUGCUGUGUUGUGCAAAUUAUGUGAACUGCAAUACAAAUUCUUUGGAAAUACAACAAAUCUACGAUCCCAUUUGAUAAACAAGCAUCCGAUACAAUGGGAGCUGUCUCAGAGCGGUACUUUAGAUGAUUCACAUUUCCGAAUUGUAGAUGAAGAAUCUAAUACACCUACACCCACGCCUAAGAGAAAGAAGUAUGCGACGAGGGGCCACAAAGAUAAAAACGUACGUUAUUCAGUAUCAGUAAAUAACGAAGAAACAACCGGAUCAGGCUCUAUGCCUCAGAUUGAAAUACAACGGGUUGAUGUGUUAGAGAACACAGAUUCAGACAAUGCUGAUGAAGGCAAUGAUGCUACAAUAAACUUAGUGAGACAGAUGCAUGCAGAAAACCACACAGACGAGGAAUGGUUAGAGGAUGACCCCUACCAAAUCACACACAUAGAAACAUAUGAACCGACUAAAAAGAAAAUGAAAUAUAGCAAAAUAAAACGGGAAGUUGCAUCUCCUACAGGCCUACCUGGCUUCUAUGUUGCACCUAAGGCUAGUAAAACGUUCAUAUAUGAUGAUACAAAGAAGGAUGAAUAUUCCGUGUUCGGUCAGUAUGUUGCUAAUAAAUUAAGAAAAUUUAAUUCACCACGUACUCGGGGAAAUCUACAACAACUAAUCACAACUAUUUUAUGGCAAGCGGAGUAUGGUUUAUAUGACAAUGCUGAUGCUGUCAAACGGGUACUGAUGUAUUCAAUCGAGUCACCAGAACCUGAACCAUCAGUAAGGGUAGAAUAUGAACAACCAUUACAGACCAUACAGACAGAGGAAGUCAUAGAGCAUAAACCUGCAAACCAAAGUAAUGAAAGUGAUUUGGGAGUUUGA